GUGUCUAAACUGGAGCUGCAGGGGAGAGGCUGAAGGAGGGCAGCAACAUCAACAGGUCUCUUACCACACUGGGCUGUGUGAUCUCUGCGCUGGCGGACCAGUCUGCGGGGAAGGGGGGGAAGAAUAAGUUUGUUCCUUACAGAGACUCUGUCCUCACCUGGCUUCUCAAGGACAACCUGGGUGGCAACAGUAAGACGUGUAUGAUCGCCACGGUGAGCCCAGCAGCUGAUAACUACGAGGAGACGUUGUCCACGCUGCGUUACGCAGACCGCGCCAAGAGGAUUGUCAACCACGCCGUCGUCAAUGAAGACCCCAACGCACGGAUCAUCAGAGAGCUCCGGGAGGAAGUGGAGAAACUCAGAGUACAGCUCUCUCAGGCUGAGUCUCUAAAGGCUCCAGAGCUGAAGGAGAGGCUUCAGGAGUCAGAGAAGCUGAUCCAGGAGAUGACCGUUACCUGGGAGCAGAAACUACGCAACACAGAGGAGAUUGCUACGGAGCGUCAGCAGCAGCUAGAGAGUAUGGGGAUCUCCCUGGAGACGUCUGGGAUCAAAGUUGGAGAUGACAAGUGCUUCCUGGUCAACCUGAACGCAGACCCCGCCCUCAAUGAGCUGCUGGUCUACUACCUAAAGGAACACACGCGUGUGGGUGCAGACACCUCUAGGACAUCCAGCUCUUUGGAUUGGUAUCCAGUCAGAACACUGUGUUGUGUGGAGAUCAGCCCAGACGGGGGGGAGGUCACCCUCACCCCUAUAGAGAAUGCCAGGUGA